AGCAGUGCCCCUUCGACCUCCUGCGUGUCUGUGACAAGGAGCCUGAGACGAGGAGAUGAUGGAGCCAGAGGAGUACAGAGAGAGAGGAAAAGAGAUGGUGGAUUACAUCUGCCAGUACCUGAGCACUGUGCGGGAACGCCGGGUGACUCCAGACGUGCGGCCGGGCUACCUGCGGGACCAGCUGCCCGAGAGUGCACCUGAGGAACCUGAAAGCUGGGACAGCAUCUUUGGGGACAUUGAGCGAAUCAUCAUGCCUGGGGUGGUGCACUGGCAGAGCCCCCAUAUGCACGCCUACUACCCAGCUCUCACCUCUUGGCCGUCACUGCUGGGAGACAUGCUGGCUGAUGCCAUCAACUGCUUGGGAUUCACCUGGGCUUCCAGCCCUGCGUGCACAGAGCUGGAGAUGAACAUCAUGGACUGGCUGGCGAAAAUGCUGGGACUCCCGGAGCACUUCCUGCACCACCACCCUGGCAGCCAUGGGGGAGGCGUCUUGCAGAGCACAGUCAGUGAGUCCACUUUGGUCGCCUUGCUGGCAGCAAGAAAGAACAAAAUCCUGGAGAUGAAAGUGUCUGAGCCCGAGGCAGACGAGUCCUCCCUGAACGCUCGCCUCAUCGCCUAUGCCUCUGACCAGGCUCACUCCUCCGUGGAGAAGGCUGGGCUGAUUUCUCUUGUGAAGAUGAAGUUUCUGCCUGUGGACGACAACUUCUCACUCCGAGGGGAAGCCCUGCAGAAAGCCAUCCAGGAGGACAAGGAGCGGGGCCUGGUGCCUGUCUUUGUCUGUGCAACCCUGGGGACCACUGGAGUCUGUGCAUUUGACUGCCUGUCAGAGCUGGGCCCCAUAUGUGCCAGGGAAGGGCUGUGGCUCCACAUCGAUGCUGCCUAUGCGGGCACAGCCUUCCUGUGCCCCGAGUUCCGGGGGUUUCUGAAGGGUAUCGAGUACGCGGAUUCCUUCACCUUUAAUCCUUCCAAGUGGAUGAUGGUGCACUUCGACUGCACUGCAUUCUGGGUCAAGGACAAGUACAAGCUGCAGCAGACCUUCAGCGUGAACCCCAUCUACCUCAGGCACGCCAAUUCAGGCGCAGCCACCGACUUCAUGCACUGGCAGAUCCCCCUGAGCCGGCGGUUUCGCUCUAUUAAGCUCUGGUUUGUGAUUCGGUCCUUCGGGGUGAAGAAUCUUCAAGCGCAUGUCAGACAUGGGACUGAAAUGGCUAAAUACUUUGAAUCUCUGGUCCGAAAUGACCCUUUCUUUGAAAUUCCUGCCAAGAGGCACCUUGGCCUGGUGGUUUUUCGUCUAAAGGGUCCUAACUGUCUCACGGAAAGUGUGUUAAAGGAAAUAGCUAAAGCUGGCCGUCUCUUCCUCAUCCCGGCCACUAUCCAGGACAAGCUGAUCAUCCGCUUCACUGUGACUUCCCAGUUCACCACCAGGGAUGAUAUCCUGAGAGACUGGAAUCUCAUUCAAGAUGCUGCCACUCUCAUCCUGAGUCAGCAUUGUACUUCCCAACCUGUCCCUCAGGUCAGGAACCUCUUCCCCCAAACCAGGGGCCCCCGAGCCCUGACCAGCGGCAGGUCCCUUCAGGCUGUCAGUGGGGCAGAAGAUGACCUAGCCCAGGCUAGAAGGGUCAUCAAGCAGCCUCAGCAUGUGGGAGCCAGUCCUGGGAGAAGGGAAGAUGGCCGUCACCUCGAAACUCUGCUGGACCCCCUGGAUGACUGCUUUACAGAAGAGGCCCCAGAUGUCACCAAGCACAAGCUGUCGUCCUUCCUGUUCAGUUAUCUGUCUGUGCAGAAUAAGAGGAAGGCAGUGCGUUCCCUCAGUUGCAGCAGCGUGCCUGUGAGUGCUCAGAAGCCACUGCCCGCAGAUGGCUCUCUGAAGAAUGGGGGCUCCUCCAGGGUUAAAAUCUUCUCUAGGUUUCCAGAAGAGAUGAUGAUGCUGAAGAAAAGUGCCUUCAAAAAACUAAUCAAGUUCUACAGCGUCCCCAGCUUUCCUGAGUGCAGCUCUCAGUGUGGGCUCCAGCUGCCUUGCUGUCCUCUGCAGGCGAUGGUUUAGGCCAGGGGUUUCAGCCAGAGUUCAUGGGUGUGUUUCAGGGAGUCUCUGAGCCCCUCAGAAUCGUAUGCUGAAUCUGUGUGCUUAUGUGUGUGUGUGCAUUUUUCUUGGGUGACAGCCCAUAAUUUUUAUCAGAUGCUCAGAGGGGUUUAUGACCCACCAAAGGAUACAAGUGAAGAGUUUAAGCCAGCAUGGUCCAGAAGGCCCUAGCCAUCUGGUCAGAGAAAAACAGUUCAGGGGGAUAUAUUGGCAGGUGGCUUCUGUGGUUCAGCUUGUGAUAUGAAAUGCCAUGUAGAAAUAAA